AUGUCGAACACGUCGCGACCUCUGGGAAAAACCGCCCCUUUCCUGGGAGUCUUUUUAACAACGCUGAUUUUCCUGGCGAGCGGCGCUUCCGCCGCGACGUGCCCGACCGACGGGAGCGCAUAUGACUACUCCGAGACUGUCACCGGUGAUACCCGCACCAUCACGUACACGGCGUGCCCCAAUCACGCGUGGAAGGCCAUCAACCCCAACACAGCGCAAUACGACGGAACCCAAACUAUCAGGGUCCCUGCUUACCCCAAGAUUCAGAACGAUGGCGUCACAGGCGUCUCGACCACAAGCAAGCGCACCAUGGACCUCACAGCAAAGGGCGGCGUCGUCGGUAUCUUCUUCAGCGCCGCUGCCCUGUACUCCCCGUACGGAGGAGGAAAGUACGGGCAGGUCAAGGGUUUUGACAACUCCGCGACGAACGCCGAAGACUUAACCGUGUGUCUUGGCAUUGACUCUAAUCAACGUGGAUGCCAUUCGAGCCAAGGUUCGAACUCCUACCACUGCCACUCCGCGCCCACCUGCCUCCUCCAGCAGCUCGGCCAGGCGGCUAACGCGCACUCGCCUCAGAUUGGCUGGGCAAGCGACGGCUUUCCCCUCUAUGGCCCCUACGGCAAGGGCGGGGUCGCGAUGAAAACCUGUACCGUCACCGGCGGCAAGUUUGGCACCGAUGUUUGUACUAACGACGACGGCGGCUACUACGGGGAGCUUGCCGGCGUCGACUCGUACAAGUUCCGCUACUACAUCCAGGGUCCUGUAUGCAGUGACUCAUGCGCCAACCCCAUCAAAGACCUCCCCGGAGCCGACUAUCACCCGCACAGCCCAACUGGCUUUUAUGGCUGUUGCCCAAGCGGGGUCACCUGCUCGCUAGCCGUGGCGGCCUGCACUGGCACACCGGCGGACGGUUACGUCAGCGGCUUCACCCCGGUUGCUAAAACAAAGCUGAGCACAUUCUGCAACGCAUGCUACUCAAGCGGCCAAGGCGGCUCAUCCGUCACCACCGGCAGUGGCUGCUCCGCCAAGAGCGCGGGAUUCACUCUGGCCACAUGCCCAGCCGACGGAACCGGCGUCAACGCUGACUCUCCAUCCGUAAAAAGUGCCGCUGCACCCUUUACUGGCGCCGCUAUCAUUCUGAACAUCGCUAUGGCCGUUUUCGUCACGAUGAUGUAA